UCAUAUAUCUCUCUCUCUCUCUCUAUUUCUCUUUCUCUCACCACACAAAAACGCGAUUUUAUUUUACUCAAACGGUGUCGUUUCUUCUUUUUAUUCCUUUCUCUCUCACCAACCCUAAAAUAAAAAUUAAAAUACAGCUAACCCUAGUUUUUCCCCUUUCGUUUUCCGCCGCGUUUUCAGAUCUCGAUCCCCUUUUCUUUUUCCUUCGAUUUCACCCUCAAUUUCUUCUCGAUCUUUCCGAUCGAUAUUACCCUUCGGUAGGUCUUGAUUUGAUCUUUCUAUCGACCCCAAUUUUGUCCUUAUCGAUUCACGUUAUCGGUUUUUAGGGUUUCCGUCGCCGAUCUUCUCGAUCUGUGUUACCAAUAGGGAUCGUAGAUAAAGGGAUUGAUUUUUUUUCUUGUUCGAUUUGGUUUAUUGGUUUUUUUCAUAUCGAUUUUUUGUCUUCGAAUUUGGGAAAAUUCAACGCGUAUAAUUUUGGCUCUUUUGUUCGAAGAAUUUGUUAGAUCUCGGUUGGAAUCGUUGUGAUUGUCCAUCAAUUAGGCGUAGUUUGUUCGUUUUUGUUCAAUUUUGAAAAUUCUAGGGUUAGGGUUUCCUGAAAUUGGGGCUUUUGUUUGUUUUAUUGAAUUUAUUUGGGGAAAGUUCAAUUCCUUUGAGUAAUUAGGAUUCUCCUGUUUUAUUACUUCCAAAUUCAGCAGUACGCCCUAUAAUUUGACAGAUACUGUUUUUAAGGCAACCAUGGUGCAGAAACGUCCUUUUGAUGCUGAGGAAGUACUUGAGGUGUCCUUCAAACAUCCAAAACAUUCCAGCCCCAACGAUCUGCUUGUACCUUUAUCAGAGUCUGUUUUUCCCAAUGAUGAUCGGCAUACCCAGUUGCCUAAAACUUCAGAGGGAGGAUGUGACCAAGGUAGUUGUGAAUGUAAUGAGAAGCUUGCUGGUGAAAUUUGUGAUGAACUUCCUAAAGGGGCUGGGGACUCUGAAGCAAGCUUUCCUGUGGUAGGUAUCCCUGCUCCUUGGGCCACCAGCAGCGCCACUGAAGAUCUCCGAUCAGAACAACCUAUACAUCUUUCACUUUUUCCCGAGUAUUUCAGUCCAGAACGACCAAUAUAUUUUAGUCCAGAACGACCCAUAAGGACAUUAACUCGCUAUGAGGACAUUUAUUCCAUACUCCUCGAACACUCUCCACGCAAGCCUGUAUCUGUUGGAGCUAAUCAUCAAGCUGAUGUUCCCCCAUGGGGUUUUUCCAGGGCUAGUUAUGUACCACAUGCCUCUGGGACUGUCUCAGAUUCAAACUUUACUGCUUGGAACAGGGAUGAAGCUGAAAAAAGAUUGAUGGGGACCUGUAUAAUCCCUAUGCCUGAGAUGGAGUUAACUAGCAUUGAUCAGAAAGUUGGUAAGGGUAGAACUGAUUGUAGCUGUGUAGACAGGGAAUCCAUGAGAUGUGUAAGACAACAUAUAAUGGAAGAAAGAGAAAAACUAUUAAAAUCUAUUGGGUUUGAGAAAUUCACUGAAUUGGGGUUUGCUGACAUGGGAGAGCAAGUUGCAGAAAAGUGGAGUGCAGAGGAUGAACAUCUAUUUCACAAGGUUGUCUUCAAUAAUCCAGCAUCCCUCAACCGGAAUUUCUGGAACUAUCUAUCCAUUGUUUUCCCCUCACGAACCAAAAAAGAGAUAGUGAGUUACUACUUUAAUGUCUUCAUGCUUCGAAAGCGGGCAGAGCAGAACAGGAACCACCUAUUAAAUGCUGACAGUGAUAAUGAUGAAUGGCAAGGUAAUGAUGAAAAUGAAAUUUCUACUCACGAUGAAGAUGAUGAUUCUGUUACUGAGUAUCCAAUCUGUCAAGAUGAUUGUAACAAUAACUGCAAUGAUAAUCAUUUGGAAGAAUAUGAUGAUGAGUUUGCUGCAGAUGAAACUUUCACCGUUAAAGGAACCAUGGAUUGUACCAAGAGGAACAUUGGUGAUGAUUCCAAAUAUGAUCAUGUAGGGAUGCAUAACUCUAAUGGUUCUCCUCUGAUUCAACCCCAGGAUCAACAUGUUUGGCAGGAUUCAUGUGAUGAAAAAGUAAAAGGUGAUUCAUACACAUCACAUGACAUUGGUGUUGCUUCACGGGAGAUCAAGGUGAAGAGUGGGAGUGGUGAUCAUUGGAGCAGUAACUAUAACGGAGUAAGCAAUGGUUAUAGCCAUGGUUAUAGCCAAGGAUAUGUAUUGGAGCCUUGUGAUGCACCAGUAUGGGAUUCUGGCUUUGUAUCUUGCUCUAAAAAUAAGAUUGAUUUCUUACCUACAUGUAGCAUGAUAGAAGAGGUUUUCGGAGAUGGACGAAGGCAAGACAUAAGAAGAGCUUGAGCAUCUAAGGCUACUUUUUACAUGGAUUGAAUAUCAGUUAGCAUCCAUCCUCCUUGCCAAGUCCAAGGGUGAUGAGAUUUCUUAUUUUCUUUUGUACAUUUGACAUAAGGUUGGAAAAGUAACCUUCAUUGUAAAAUAGUGUUUUGGAAGGUGAUUUGGUUUUAGUUAUGUCACAUUUAUUGUUCUCAGGUCCUUUUGAAAAUGUAAAAUUUCUUAUUCCUUAAUUUAUGUUAGUUUCCCACAUUUGGGUGGGAUUUUUUUAAGGUUAGAGGGAAAAAAUGGUUGAUGGAAAAGAAACCAUUUUAUGAUGUAAUUUUUCAUUUUAUCUCUAAUGAAAAUUGUUACUGGCAUAUUUUUGCA